ACCCGGCUUCUCCCCCUCUCUCGUUCCUGCCCCGGCGUGCAGGGCCCCGCCGCCGCCAUGUCCGGCCCGUUCGAGCUCUCGGUGCAAGAUCUCAACGACCUGCUCUCGGACGGCAGCGGCUGCUACAGCCUCCCGAGCCAGCCCUGCAACGAGGUCAUCCCGAGGGUCUACGUGGGCAACGCGUCUGUGGCUCAGGACAUCACCCAGCUGCAGAAACUGGGCAUCACCCACGUCCUGAAUGCCGCCGAGGGCAGGUCCUUCAUGCACGUCAACACCAGUGCUAGCUUCUACGAGGAUUCUGGCAUCACCUACUUGGGCAUCAAGGCCAAUGAUACGCAGGAGUUCAACCUCAGUGCUUACUUUGAAAGGGCCGCAGACUUCAUCGACGAGGCCCUGGCCCAUAAAAAUGGCCGAGUGCUUGUCCAUUGCCGCGAGGGCUACAGCCGCUCCCCAACGCUAGUCAUCGCCUACCUCAUGAUACGGCAGAAGAUGGACGUCAAGUCUGCUCUGAGUACUGUGAGGCAGAAUCGUGAGAUCGGCCCCAACGACGGUUUCCUGGCCCAACUCUGCCAGCUUAAUGACAGACUAGCCAAGGAGGGCAAGGAUCUCUGGAACUGACUCACUGGACGGCAAUGAGACUUGAUGGCAUUGUCAAACUGGAUCCCCCUUUUGUUGGAGAGAGAGCAAAGAAAGAAACAGCCUUUGAAAGAACUUUCUAAGGACGGUUUUUGAAGCGCGCUGGACCUCGAGUGUGUGCACAUUUGCCAGAGAUUGAAUGCAACUUCUUGGGACUCCACGUUCUCAUUGUGUGUAUGUCUCCAGGGUCACACAGAGCAGGGAGGUGGCCGUCAGCCACCACCCCAGCACCUAGCACAUAGGCAUCUCAUAAAAGCUUAUUUUAUGAGAACCAGGUCUGUUUGAGCACCCUGUGUGUAUAGAGAGUUGUUGUGGGGCCCCCGGCAUCCCAGCAGCCUGGUUGCCAGCCUGUAGGAUGUCUUACAGGAGUUUGUAGAGAAAUUUUCCUUGGAGGGAAAGAAAUAUCAGGGAUUUUUGUUGACUGUUUCAGAUUCAGCUUUAAGUCCUCAGCAGUGUUAAUGGCGAAGGGGAGGGAUGUGCCUUUUUCAGAGCUGCGGAGGACCCUCUGGCUAGAGCCAGGAGAAGCAGACCUGUCCUAGGGUGUCACUCCCAGGGUAAAGACCUCUGAUCACAGCAGGAGCAGAGCUGUGCAGCCUGGGUGGUCAUUGUCCCCUAUUCUGUAUGACCACAGCAGCCCUGGACACAUGGGGCGGGUCAUCUUUUUUUUUUCCCCAGAAUGAAAUGGCCACGGCCAAAUUAUGUACCUCAGUUUGUAGUUUUCAAGUGGCUUUCUUGCUUAAUACAACUUGCAUUUCAAAAUAACCCUGUAAAGUUGACAGAACUGUCUUGUGCUAUGAGAGAGAAAAAGAGAGGAAAAAAAAAAAACCAAAAAACCCACAAACCAAAAACAUCUGGGCUAGCCGGGCAUGCCUGCGUGUGUCCACAGGCCCAGUUCAUGGGAGGCAGAGACAGGAAGACACAGCUACAAUCACAAUUUCCAAGGUUUUAGGUUUUGGGUUUUGGUUUUCGAGACAGGGUCUCUCUGUGUAGCUCUGGCUGUCCUGGAACUCGCUCUGUAGACCAGGCUGACCUCAAACUUGGAGAUUUGCCUGCCUCUGCCUCUAAGGGCUAGGGCUAAAGGUAUAUGCCACCACUGCCCAGUUAAAAUCCCAUUUUUAAAAAAAACAAAAAAUUCAAGAUAAUUAAGAGUUGUCAGGUCUUUAGAGCUAAGUUGAAGUAGUUUCAGGCUUGGGGAAGCUGGGCUGUUCCUGGCUUGGACCUGAAACCAGCUCCCACAGUGUACAAGUGCCCUCCCUGCACGUGACUUUGAGCCAUCUCCAGAGAAGGAGGUGAAAAUUGUGGCUCCCCAGUUGGUUAGAAUACAGCCUCUCUGUCCGGCUAACACCUGGCGUUGAACCCUUCACUCUGAGGUUGGGCUCCCCUCCCCCGUCUCCUCCGGAUGGCCACCCCAUAGGACAGUUACUGGUACCUCCCGGAGGCCUCUUUGUGGGAGCAUGAAGAAAAGGGGGGAGGUUCUUGGCUUUCCUUGGGGCUAUUUGCUGAAAGUCCAGCGUUUCUUGGUUGGCUUUACCUUGUAUUUAUAAGAUUAGCUACUAUUCUUCAGGUAAAAUACCCAUGUUGUGGAAGAACCAACCUCAUGCCUGCCCGAGAGUUAGGGGAGUGAGGUGGGGAAUCCUGGAUAGUGUUCUAUCCCUGGAAAGUGAUGGAAUAGGAAUUCAGGGUGUCCCUCUCUCUUCCUCAGACCUAGUCGCUUUCUGUGACUCAUAAAAACCAAGCUAAAAAUUAGAAUGUAAAAAUGGUUUCUCUUCUCAAUCUGCCUUUUCCAGAGGUGGGUCUGUUUCCUUGCUGUUCCGCUUUUCUUGAGAACACAGACUUUGGCCCACAGUAAGGCUCCUCUGGGCUCCAGCACUCUAAGUUGUUUUAAGAAUUUUCACUUGGCCUUUAGCACACCCAGGGAAGUGUGUGUGUGAAUAAUGCCAUGGGCAGCAGGGGACACUGUUGAGGUUGGUGCCUUUCCAGCCACAGGUUCACACUAAGUUGCUCAUAGUAUUUAAGAUGCUAAAUGUUUUAAUCAAAAUAAGCACUGAUCCUAAAUAUGAAGAUAAGAGAUUUUUCUCACGGGAAAAUUUCUUUUUCAUAAUUCUUUUACAGACUUUAUCCUGAUCAUAGAGUAGAGAGAAGGAUGGUUGGAUAUUAAACUUGUGUUCCUCUUUCCUGCCACUGUUAGGGUAACUUGUAAAAAGUGGAGAGGAGAGGUUCAGGGGGCAGGGGAUGGUGGAGUGAGGCACAGCACUGUCACCUGCCUGGCACGGGCGGUCCUGCCAUUGGGGAGGAAAAGGAAAGGUUUAGCAUCUCGCGUAUAACCAGUGUUAAUGCACUAUAAAAUUGUAACCAAAAUAAAUGUCUUACCUUACAAAGAA